AUGGGAGAAAGUUUCUUUGGUGAAAUUUCAAAGGUGUUUGAAAUCUUGUCAGGUUGCCUUUCAAAUAGCCUACGAAGUUUGUCAAUCGGUGGAAGUCCUGAAAAAGGAUAUUGCUUCACUGGUCAAAUCCCUAAUGAUAUUGGAGAGUUUAAAAGUUUAGUUUUUCUCUCUCUUGUAUAUCAUAAAAUUUCUGGCCCCAUCCCAAUCUCAAUUGGAAAAUUAUCAACCUUGGAGGUAUUUUAUAUCCAUAAUAACCAAUUGAAUGGAUCUCUUCCCAAAACCAUUGGUUCUCUUUCAAAUUUACAGUACCUUGAUCUUUCUUAUAACAAUUUGAAUGGUCCUCUUCCAAAAAAUCUUGGUUCCCUCUCAAAUUUAGAAUCCUUGUCUAUUUCUAAUAACCAAGUAAAUGGAUCUCUUCCAGAAAGUCUUGGUUCACUUUCUAAUUUAAAACAUCUUGAUAUUUCUUCAAAUCAUUUAGAAGGACAAGUCUCUGAAGUUCAUUUUGCCAACCUAACAAAGUUGAGGAACCUACUAGCUUAUGAAAAUAAAUUGAGUCUCAAAGUAAGUCUACAAUGGACUCCUCCUUUUCAUCUCCAUGAAAUAGAAUUUGGAUCUUGGAACUUGGGUCCUCAAUUUCCAAUGUGGCUUGAAUCACAGACAAAUUUUUCUACUUUGGACUUAUCUAACACUGGAAUUGCAGAUGCCAUUCCAAGUUGGUUUUGGAAUUUAUCUACCACUGCUGAGAUAAUUGACCUCUCGCAAAACCAAAUCUAUGGGGAAAUUUCGUACAUGGAUGUUGCUUCUGAUGUUGCUACAAUUCUAAUCUUACAUUCCAACAACUUCACCGGCUCCGUGCCUCGAAUCUCAUCUCAGAUUAUAGUACUAGAUUUGUCCAACAAUUCUUUGUCUGGAGACAUUUCUCACUUAUUAUGUCAUCCAACAACUCAUUCAAACAACUUAAUUAUCUUUUAUCUUAACAAUAACCUUAUAUCAGGAGAGAUUCCUGACUGUUGGAAGUACUGGCCAUUAUUAGCAGCAAUAAACUUUAAUAACAACAAUCUCACAGGAAAAAUUCCAAGCUCCUUGGGAUCCUUAGGGAACAUAACAUUACUGUUCCUUCGCAAUAAUAGUCUUGAAGGAAGUAUACCCAAUUCAAUUCAAAGUUGUUCAAAGCUAAUUGGUCUCGAUUUUAGUCUGAAUAAGUUGGUUGGAACCAUACCAAAAUGGAUUGGAAGUCUAGUGGAACUACGACUUUUUGGUGUUCGUUCAAACAAGUUGAAUGGCUUUCUUCCAUUUGAGCUUUGUGCACUUAGAAGUCUACAAAUUUUGGACGUUGGUUAUAACAAGUUAUCUGGAACAAUACCGAAGUGUUUUAAAAAUUUAACUGCAAUGACUUUCCAACCACAAAAUCGAAGCUCAUUCUAUCCCUUCACUCGCAACGGACAAUAUAUGGAUAGUACAGUCUUGGUAAUAAAAGGAAGGGAACGCCAAUUCGACACUCUCACUGAUCUAGUAACUUACCUAGACUUGUCAAGUAACAUUUUCGUAGGAGAAAUCCCAAAAGAAGUAGCAAGUCUUCAGGGUUUACGGUAUCUAAAUCUUUCGGGAAAUGGUCUAAGAGGAAGCAUUCCUGAUAAGAUUGGCAAUUUAACAUGGUUGGAAUCUCUUGAUCUCUCAAUGAACAAACUUUCAGGUAAAAUUCCUCCUAGUAUGUCGAGUUUGAGUUUCUUGAGUUACUUGAACUUGUCUUACAACAAUUUGUCCGGAAGAAUCCCAACCAGCACCCAACUACAGAGUUUGACUCCUUCUAGCUUUAUUGGCAACUCACUCUAUGGACCUCCACUUACCAAGGAUGACAGAGAAGGUGACCCCAAGACAACACAUGAGCAUGAAAGUAGUGAAUAUGGUGAGAGAGAAGAGAAAGCUGAUCAAGACUAUUGGUUUCGAUUGGGCAUAUCAGUUGGAUUUGGUGUGGGAUUUUUAGGUGUCAUUUGUCCUUUGUUGUUUUGUAGAAUUUGGAGAAUAGCUUACUUUUGGUUUUUCCAGGAGUAUUUGUGGUACAAAAUCUUAGAUUGCUUCAUUAAAAUUAAAUACACCUUGAAAACGUAAUCAUCUUCUGUGUCCAAUGUAAUAAGAUAAGCAUGUAAUAAUAAUGAUAGUUAUAUC